UUCGCUCCCACCGUGGUGAAAGCGCACAGACGAACUGUCCUGUCCACUCAACUGUCGACCAUGGGUUCCGUACCGGCAGAGUUGCAUAUCCCACUUACACCUCUAGACCAUGCACCGCCCGGAAACUACUCCUGCUCCUUGUCCUACCUCCCCCUCCAACCCGGCGUGAGCCCAAAGCAGGCGUUUCAACUCCUUCAGGAAGGCCUCCACAGAACCUUUGUCCAGUUGCCCUGGGUGGCUGGCAGAGUAUGGCCGCAGACGCCCGGCACCCCUGGCUAUCGGCCGGGGCAGCUCGAGAUUCGCUACAGCCCGGUGGACAGCCAUGGGCCGCGGCCCUAUCAGAUCAAGUUCAACGAGCUCAAGACGACAAAGACGUACGACGAGCUGAAAGACGAGGCCUUCCCCACCGACUCGUUCCCGGACGAGUCGUUGAUAUGGGCCCCCUUUAUGCCUGAUAUCAACAAGGGGCCCGAAGUCCUCGUGGCCCAGGCCAACUUCAUCCCCGGCGCUUGUCUCCUGACGGCGGGCAUGUAUCAUAAAGCAACCGACGGCAUUGGCGGAGUUCGCAUUUUCACCUUGUGGGCCGAGCAUUGUCGGGCCUUGCAGUUCCCGGGGCCUGGAGAGCUGCCAACUCCGGUGCCGCCAGGACCAGCCAGCAUGGACCGCAGCUUGCUGGACAAGACAUGGGCGAAAGAACAAACCGGAAAGUCGGUCGAGGAAAUCGAUCCGGGCAAUUGGCGGUUACUAGGCCUAGCACCCCCGUCAGCCUCCACACCAACCCCGGAUUCCGCGGAAGAAGACGAUGCCGCGCCCGCACCGGUGGAGAAAGUAAACGGAGACGCAAAAGAAGAGCCACAGCCUGAAGAGACCCGGACGCUCAAGUCGGCCAUCUUCUACGUCCCGCCGCGCAAAUUCGUCGCCCUGCAACGGGAAUGCGCAAAGGGCGGCGACGGGAUCUCCGGAACCGACGCCAUAGUGGCCCUGAUAUGGCGAUGCGUGCUCAAGGCUCGGGCCAAGGCCGCACGGCAGAGCGGGAAAACUACCGGCGACAUCACGAACCCGGACGCCCUGUCCAUCCUGGCCGUCACGGUAGACGGGCGGCCCUAUUUCUCCUCGUCGCUUCCCCCCGACUACAUGGGAAACCUCACCUGCAUCAACCUGUCGGCCAUGCCCCUUUCCGCCCUGACGUCCCCGGAGACCGGCCUGCCCGCGGUGGCGCGCACGAUCCGCGACGGCGCCAACUCGGUAACCACGGCGAAUCUGCUGGAUGCGUACGCCCUGGCCAGGAGCGUGCCGGACUUUGCCCACCUGUCUCUGCAGAACGCGAGCCUGGACAGCACUACGCUGCUCGUGUCGCCGCUGCUUACGUACCCCACGAACUUGUUGAGUUUUGGAGACGAGCUGUUUGGCAACGGGGGUUUCGUCGAGGCGUUGAGGAUGCCCAUGUAUUCCUUCAACCGUAUGACUCGGCUCUGUCUCGUGCUUCCGAAGCUGGCUGCGGGCGGUGUCGAGUUUUUGUUGAACUUGUUUGAGGAGGAGAUGGACGUCUUCUUGAAGGACCCGGAGUUUAAGAAGUAUGCCAUGUUUCUGGCGAACUGA